AUGUUGGAACAUGUCACUUGCGCAGGUGUAGGAGAAAUUGUAACCGAAGUUGUUUGGGAAGUUAUAGGUGAUGUUGUAGGGGAGGUUGCUGGUGAUGUUGUAGGGGAAGUUGUUGGUGAUAUCGAAGGAGAGGUUGUUGGUGAUAAGAUACGGACAGUUGUUGGUGAUGCUGUAGGUGAGGUUGUUUGUGAUGUUGUAGGGGACGUAGAUGGUGAUAUUGUCGGAGAAGUUGAUGGUGAUAUUGUCGGAGAAGUUGUUGGUGAUAUUGUCGGAGAAGUUGUUGGUGAUGUUGUCGGAGAAGUUGUUUGUGAUAUAAUAGGUAAGGUUGUUGGUGAUGCUGUAGGCGAGGUUGUCUGUGAUGUUGUUGGGGAAGUCGAUGGUGAUGUUGUCGGGGAAGUCAAUGGUGAUGUUAUGGCUGAUGCAAGAGGUGAGGUUGCUGGGGAUGUUGUCGGAGAGUUUACUGGAGAUGUUGUUGGUGAACAGGUUUCACAACAAUCAGUGAAUUGUGCUGUACUGUAA